UCUUUCUUCAACUUAAGCCACCAAAAAACAAAGUCUCUUUAGUCUCAACCAUCAUAACACUCUCCUUUAUACAGAGAAAAAAACAUGAUAAUGAGAAAAAAUCUAAGAAUGGGAAGCAUCACAAUUAUAAUGCUAAUGGCGGUUUUGGUCUGGUCUAUAACUCUAGAGACCUGCAUUGCUAGAAGAGGAAGACAUUGGAGACAAAACCACCGAAGCUCCUCUGACUUGUCUGAUUCCUUGCUAAGCAAGAAACCAAAAAGCCACAGUUACCACCACAGCUCUCACAACAACAACCAUAAUCAUCACCACAAGUCUAAACCUAAACCAAAGCCAAAGCUGAAAACGCCGCCAAAAAGUGACCACAAUAAAUCUCCGGUGGUUUCACCGCCACCAAAAGUCCAACCACCGUCUCUUCCGCCGCCAAAGGGAUCCAAAGUUUUCAAUGUGAUGGAUUUUGGCGCAAAGGGUGAUGGCAAAUGUGAUGACACUAAGGCGUUUGAAGCGGCUUGGGCAGCAGCUUGCAAAGUGGAGGCAUCCAUGAUGAUCAUACCGCCUGAAUACACUUUCCUUGUCGGUCCAAUCUCAUUCUCUGGUCCUUAUUGUCAAGCUAACAUUGUGUUUCAGAUUGAUGGUACUAUUAUAGCUCCAACGGAUUCAAAAUCAUGGGGAAAAGGGUUAAUGUGGUGGAUUGAUUUCACAAAGCUGAAAGGAAUCAAAGUACAAGGGAAAGGUGUUAUUGAUGGAAGAGGCUCAGGUUGGUGGCAACAAGAUUACCCUUUCAUUGAUGGUGAAACCAAGCUCAUUGUUCCCUUGAACAAUUCUGUUCCAAUGCCGAUAAGAAGUGAGUUUGAUUGGAAAAUGCCAAGCAUCAAACCAACGGCACUAAGAUUCUACGGGAGUGUUGGCGUGGAAGUGUCUGGUAUAACGAUCCAAAACAGUCCUCAAUGUCACCUCAAGUUCGAUAACUGCGUAGACGUUUUGGUACAUGACAUGGCCGUCUCUUCACCUGGUGACAGUCCAAACACCGAUGGAAUUCACCUCCAGAACACCAGAGAUGUCCUCAUUCACAGCUCAACUCUCGCUUGCGGAGAUGACUGUAUCUCGAUCCAAACUGGUUGCUCAAAUGUAUAUAUACACAACGUAAACUGUGGACCAGGUCACGGCAUCAGCAUAGGUAGUCUCGGCAAAGACAGCACAAAAGCCUGCGUCUCAAACAUAACAGUACGAGAUGUGGCGAUGCACAACACGAUGACAGGGGUCAGGAUCAAGACAUGGCAAGGAGGAGUAGGAUCAGUGAAAGGGAUACUCUUCUCAAACAUUCAACUCAACGAAGUCCAGCUUCCAAUUGUGAUAGACCAAUUCUACUGUGACCAUACCACAUGUAAGAACCAGACAUCAGCAGUUGCGGUUGAAGGAGUGACUUACGAGAGGAUAAAAGGGACUUAUACAGUGAAACCGGUUCAUUUCGCAUGCAGUGAUGACUUCCCUUGUGUAGAUGUGCAGCUAUCUGGAAUUGAGCUUAAACCGGUUCAAGAACGGUAUCAUAUGUAUGAUCCUUUUUGUUGGCAGACGUUUGGUGAGCUCAAUAGUCCUACACUUCCUCCUAUUGAUUGUUUACAGAUUGGGAAGCCUGCUAGAAACAGAGUUCAGUCUGAUCAUGAUGUAUGUUGAUGGGUCUUGUAAGUUAAGAGUAUGAACAAUGUAGAUUAAUGUAUAUCUUUCUUUUAGCCUAAAAGCCUACUUACUACUACUAUUAGUCUAUUA